AUGUCCCGCACCCUGCAGUGUUGUACAGCUUGGGUCACGCUCCUGCUCUCCUUGACACGAGCAGCACAGCCACCGAACAUCGUGAUGAUCCUCGCCGAUGACCUGGGCUGGCACGACGUGAGUUACCACGGCUCGGACCAGAUCCCGACGCCCAACAUCGACGUGCUCGCCAUGGACGGCGUGGUGCUGGCCAAUAAUUACGUACAGCCACUGUGCACCCCGUCUCGUGCUGCGCUGCUCACGGGCUACUACCCCAUACACACCGGAACGCAGCACUCAAGUUUUCGUAGCGCUCAACCCGUCGGACUGGACCCCGACCUCAAACUACUGCCGGAGUACCUCAAAGAUUUAGGCUACUCAACCCACAUGGUUGGCAAGUGGCACCUGGGAUUCAGCAAGGAUGAAUACAAGCCGAUAAAUCGUGGAUUCGACACGUUCUAUGGACCCUUCUUUCUGUAUUUCGCCCCAACGGCCGUACACUGCGGCGGGCUGAACGAUUCCCUCCAGGCGCCCAAGGAGUACGUGGCCAAGUACGCCUACCUUGGUGAUUACGACAGGCAGAUUUUCGCCGGAAGCUUGGCCGAGUUGGACAAUGCGGUUGGUGCCAUCGUGGAGGCCCUCUACAAAUCGGGACUGCUCAACAACACGAUCAUUGGCUUCUCAACUGACAACGGUGGUGCACCCGUGGGCUAUUCGCGCAACACGUCACCCAAUUGGCCUCUGAGGGGAUCCAAAGGCACCGUGGCCGAGGGUGGCGUGCGAGGUCCGGGAUUUCUGUGGACACCGUGGCUGGCCACACGUGCCAAGGCCACUAGGCAGCUCUUCCACAUCACCUGA